UACAAUUUUGCCCAUCUCCCUCAUUCCGACCCUUUUUCAUCUCUCUCUAACCCCUCCAUCGUCUUUCUCCAUCAAAUCUGGCAACAUUCAUAUGGCCAUGGAAUAUUCAUCCCCAAUUCAGUUCUUGGAUGACAGCAGAGGAAAUGUUUCCACCUAUCCUCUGGUGUGCUACGCCCCAACGAUGACGACGAUGAACGGCAUUUGGCACGGCGAACGUCCGUUCAACUAUUCCCUUCCCAUGUUCAUGCUCCAGCUCAUGGUCAUCAUUGUAGCAACUCGAGUCACUACCAUUCUCCUUAAACCUUUCAAUCAGCCUCGAUUCAUUUCUGACGUCAUGAGUGGCAUUGUUCUAGGCCCAUCAAUCUUAGGACGAAUCCCAAUGUUCUCCAUCGUGGUCUUCCCCCUCCGCAGCGUCCUUAUACUAGAGGCCCUCGCCACCCUGGGCCUCAUCUUCUUCGUCUUCACCGUCGGCGUCGAGCUCGAGUUCGACGUCGUACCCCGCACCGGUCGCAAGUCCUUCGCCUUCAUCCUUGCCGACCUCAAACUCCUGAACUCCAACGUCGGACGCCUCGCCGUCUCCUCUGCCUUACUCAAUGGUACCGUCUCAUGGAUCCUUCUUGCCGUGUCCAUCUCGAUGGUGCACAAGGAUGGUGCAUUGAUGGCGUCUCUGUGGUCAGUGCUGUCGGCUGCGGUGUUCACAGUGUCAUGCUUUGUCAUCGUGCGUCCAGCGGUGCUGUGGGUGACGAGGAACACGCCGGAUGGUGAAGAAGUCAAUGAGCUAUACUCAUCCGGUAUCAUCGUUGGCGUGUUGGUAUCCGCCUUUGUGGCCGAUGUGAUUGGCACCCAUGCGAUAUUUGGCGCGCUGGUGUACGGGUUGGCGGUGCCCAACGGGACAGUGGGUGAGGCAGUGAUCGAUAAGAUUGAGAAUUUCGUCAACGGAUUGCUGUUGCCGUUGUUCUAUACGCUUAGUGGGCUUAGAACGGACGUGAGGACGGUGAGGCAUGGGGCGUCUGCGGUGAAGCUGGUGAUGGUGGUUGCAGCAUCGGCGGCAUCGAAGAUUGGAGGGUGUUUGAUGGCUGCGAGGGCGUAUAAUAUGCCGAGCAGAUCGGCGGCAUCGAAGAUUGGAGGGUGUUUGAUGGCUGCGAGGGCGUAUAAUAUGCCGAUGCUGGAGGGGUUGGAACUGGGGUUGUUGAUGAAUACUAAAGGGGUGGUGGAGUUGAUCAUACUUAACAUUGGAAAGGAUAAGCAUAUCCUAAAUGGGCAAUCCUUCACCAUCCUGGUCAUCUCCUCCGUCCUCCUCACCGCCCUGGUCACCCCUCUCAUUAAUGCUGUUGCCAAGAGCUCUCGCCGCUUCGUGGCCUACAAGCGCCGCACAGUCCGCUGGCCCAACCCAGACUCGGAGCUACGCAUACUCGUCUGCAUACAUCACCCACGUGACGUCCCCUCUCUCAUCACCCUCCUCGACGUCUCCCACCCAACCAAACGAGCCCCCAUCUUUGUCUACGCCCUCCACCUCAUCGAGCUCACUGCCCGAGCUGCUACCCUCCUCGUCAACAGUGCGGCAUCGAAGGACGCCACGGCAGCAUCGGGGGUGAGCAAGGUGCAGAUGCAGGCGGAGCAGGUAGUGAAUGCAUUCGAGACGUACGAGCAGCACGCGGGAGGGGUGUCGGUGCAGACGCUGAGCACGUUCUCACCGUAUCAGACGAUGCAUGAAGAUAUUUGUGGGAUUGCGGAGGAUAAGCAUGUGGCACUUAUUUUGUUGCCGUUUCAUAAGCAUCAGACUGUGGAUGGAUUCAUGGAGGUAUGCGUGAUUUAUUUUUUCUUUUAUUUUGGAAAUUAUAUUUUGGAAAAGGAAUUCUAUAAUAAUGGAAAAAUUGGAGGAAUAGGAAACUAA